AUGGAAGAGACAGAGCAGGAUCUUCAGCCCCCCAACCUGCCCCCUCCGGGCGCUCCCCAGGGGCCCCACCUGAGACUAGAGACAAUGCUGCAAGCCACACCAAACACGGGGGAGCAAGCGAGCAUUAAGUGCUUUCAAAAUACCCCUGUGGGCCCCGCAUCGGGCCGAGGGCUGUCUGGGGCGGCCGCCGGCCUCGCCCCCGCCCCGGCUGCGCAAGGGUCCCCCAACUCGGGCGACGCGGCGGCUGCAGGCCCCCCGGCACCCCACCGCCCGGAGAGCGGGCAGCACGGGGCGACUCGGCCGCCGCCGGCCUCCCCCCGGGCCUCGCGCGACGCCCAGGCCCCGCCGCGGCCCCGGGACCCACCCCGGCCGCCCGGCCGGCCGCGCGGCGCCAUCACAACAAUGGCGAGCGCGCCGGGGCCCCCCUCGGGCCGCGGCCCUCCUCCCCGCGCGCUCGCGGACAAAGCCCGGCCGGGCCGCGCCGCCUCCAUCUUAGCGCCGCCGCCGCCGCGGCCGCCAUCCCGCCGCCCCGUCCCCGGCCCCGGCCCGGCCCGCGCCGCCCCCCGCGCCCCCCGGCCCACCUGGUCUGGUUCCACGGGCGCGACGGGGCCGGGCGAUGGCGGUCGGGCGGCGGAGGGGCGCGGGGGCGGCGGGAUGGCGGCGGAUUGCGCGGCGGCGGCGGCGGCGCGGAGCCCCGGAGCCUGGAUCUCGCCGCUCGCCUCCCUCUCGCGCUCGGCUCCCCGCCCCCCGCCUGCCGCCGCCCCCGCCUCCUCGGCCGCCUCCUCCCGCCGCCGCCGCCGUCGCCCGCCGCCCGCAGCCGAGGCCCCCGCGCAGCGCCCCCUGCCGCGCCGCCCGGGCAGCGGCGGCCUCGGGGAGCGGCCUGAGGAGGCGGGCGGGCCGGGGCCGGGCCGGGAGCGGGGCGGGGGUCGCUGA